AUGCUACUUAUUUUGUUUACUAGUACACUUUUUUUGAAUUUAGGUAAGUUUUUUCCCGCCAAAAAAUUUGAAUUUAAAAAUUUCCCGCCGAAAAUUCCAGGAAAUUCGCUAAUUUGUCAUCAAUGUGAAGGUUGGCGUGGUGCCAAAGAGCAAAGUGAAAAAGAGAAUUCGUGUUGGAAGCUCAAUAAUAAUUGUGAGGUACGGUAAGGCCCAUUUUUGGCGCCAAAAAUGAUCUACAGUACUCUUCAGACCUCAGUCUACUGUGUCAAAAUCACUGAACCCAUGUCCAGCUCCGCCACCUACGAACCAUUCAAAUCCGAAUGUUGGCGCCAAAAUAUUCUCGUCGUGGGACCCGGCAACAGUACGGUAGUCGAAAAUGGCUGCUAUGACGUCAUCGAUCAAGCGGUACCGCCCAAAAAAUGGAAAUAUUGCUUUUGUGACACCGCGGAUUACUGUAAUUCAGAGGGACAUGCUGGAAUUUUCAUGGUUUUAGCGAUUUUUAUUUUUAUUAUUGAUUAUUUAUAA